CCUAAAAAACUAUUUUCGUUUCCCUUUGUCAAAACCCUACAACAUUCUCGCUCACCUUCUCCAAUUCUAUUCUCGCACAAACCAAAAUGGUGAAGAGGAGCAAAAAGAGCAAGAGCAAGAGGGUACCUCUGAAGAAGAAGUACAAGAUCUUAAAGAGGGUGAAGCAGCACCACCAGAAGAAGGCCAAGGAGGCAAAGAAGCUCGGCGUCAAUCACAAGAAGAAGCCGGAGAAGGACCCUGGUAUCCCCAACGAUUGGCCCUUCAAGGAACAGGAGCUCAAGGCUCUUGAAGCCCGCCGUGCCCGUGCUAUCGAGGAGUUGGAGCAAAAGAAAGCCGCCCGCAAAGAAAGGGCUCAAAAGAGGAAGUUGGGGUUACUAGAGGAUGAUGAUAUCUCCAAGUUGGCUGGAACAACUUCUGCAGAACAAAGUUUUGGAGAGGGAAAGGGUAGUGGUAAUUCCACUGGAGCUGGGAAAAACCGAGAUAAUUCAGAUAGGGCUUUUUACAAAGAGUUGGUAAAAGUCAUUGAAGCAUCGGAUGUUAUUUUGGAAGUUCUUGAUGCUCGUGAUCCUCUUGGUACUCGUUGUGUUGAUAUGGAGAGGUUGGUGAUGAAAUCAGGUCCUAAUAAGCAUCUAGUGCUGCUUCUGAAUAAAAUUGAUCUUGUCCCUCGAGAAGCUGUUGAAAAGUGGCUCAAGUAUCUUAGGGAAGAAUUACCAGCUGUUGCAUUUAAGUGCAGUACACAACAGCAGAGAUCAAACUUAGGGUGGAAGUCGUCCUCAAAGGCAGCAAAACCAAGCAGUCUUCUGCAAACGAGUGAUUGUCUAGGAGCUGAAACUCUUAUUAAAUUGUUGAAGAAUUACUCAAGAAGCCAUGAGAUCAAGAAGUCAAUUACUGUGGGUAUUAUUGGCCUGCCUAAUGUUGGUAAGAGUAGUCUCAUUAAUAGUUUGAAGAGGUGCCAUGUUGUCAACGUUGGUGCUACUCCUGGGUUAACAAGAUCAAUGCAAGAAGUUCAUUUAGACAAGGAUGUCAAAUUGUUGGACUGCCCUGGUGUUGUAAUGCUUAGCUCUGCAGCAAAUGAUGCAUCUAUCGCUCUUCGAAAUUGCAAAAGAAUAGAGAAGUUGGAUGAUCCAGUUGGUCCAGUGAAGGAAAUUCUAAAACUUUGCCCAGCCAGACUGUUGGUAACUCUGUACAAGCUCCCAAGCUUUGACUCAGUUGACGACUUUCUGCAGAAAGUGGCUACUGUUAGGGGUAAGCUGAAAAAGGGUGGCAUUGUGGAUGUUGAAGCUGCUGCAAGAAUCAUUCUGCACGACUGGAAUGAGGGUAAAAUUCCGUUUUAUACUAUGCCCCCAAUUAGGAAUCAGGGAGAACCUUCGGAGGCCAAGAUUGUUUCUGAGCUUGGGAAAGAAUUUAACAUUGAUGAGGUUUAUAACAAUGAAUCUUCAUUUAUCGGAAGCCUGAAGUCCAUUGAUGAUCUCGAUCCUGUUGAAGUUCCUCCAAGUCGCCCUCUCAAUUUUGAUGAGAUUUUUUCAGUCUUGAAUGAAGAAGAACCAAAACCAUCAACCAAAGGUGAUGAAGACCCCAAAGGCAUAGCUGAUGAUGGUGACGAUGUGUCCAUGGCAUCUGAAGAAGAUGGAGCAGGGAAGAACAAGGGAAAAACUGCUACUAGCAAGCAAAAUGAAAAGCUAUAUGCAGUUGAAGGGAUGCUUAACACAAAGUUGAAGAGAGCUGAGAAGAAGAGAAGAAAAAAAGCUGACAAAUUAAUCUCAGAAGACACAAUGGAUGAUGAUUAUGACUUCAAAGUGGACUAUGCCAACAAGGGAUCUUCCAUGGAUGUUGGUGAUGGGAGCGAAGAUGAUGGUGGCGAUCAAAUUAUUGGGAAGGUACCUAUGUCUGGUAUUGAGCUCGAUGAUGAGUGAUGGAAGGGAUAACAACCCACUGUACUGCCAUUUUGUUUUUCACCAAAUCUGAGUACUGCGAUUUUGUUAAUUAUUUUUUCAUUGUGCUUCUCUCUCUCUAUUUAAUUCCGAUGAGAGCUUUUAGAAUGGUU